UUUUUCCCCUCUUAUGUCCUAGGUGUUUCUUUGCCUUCAGUUUUCACCACAGUCAUGUCGAAAGGUAUUUCUGCCCAGUUUGAGUGCCAGGAGCUGGAGAGCACCAUGGGGAAGGAGCUCACUCGGUUACUGCACGCUGCUUCACCCAGUGAGCAAGAACAAAUGAAGAAAGAUAUCGAGGGAUUUCAGAAGUUGUUUCGUAGCUUGCUGCAGAGGAGAGGUCCUUCAGUAGAAUGGGAGAAGAUCCAAAAAGCACCUGAAGACUCUAUUCAGUCAUAUGAUAAAAUACAAACUCAAGGGUUGCUGGGUGAUGUGCCUCCAUUAUUAAGCAAACUGGUGGUGGUCAAGUUGAAUGGUGGUCUUGGCACUAGCAUGGGCUGCAAAGGUCCCAAAAGUCUGAUUAGUGUACGCAAUGAAAAUACUUUUCUGGACCUCACCGUUCUGCAGAUCGAGCAUUUGAACAGGACUUAUGGUACUGAUGUCCCCCUGGUCUUGAUGAACUCAUUCAACACCGACGAGGAUACAAAGAAGAUCUUACAGAAGUACCGGCAGUCUCGUGUGAAAAUCUAUACAUUUAACCAAAGCAGGUAUCCACGGAUUGAUAAAGAGUCAUUGCUCCCUAUAGCCAAGGGAUUAUCUGUGUCUGGGGACAAUGCUGAGGCCUGGUAUCCACCAGGUCAUGGAGAUAUCUAUGCCAGCUUCUACAACUCUGGAUUAUUGCAUACCUUUCUGCAAGAGGGCAAGGAAUACGUUUUUGUAUCUAACAUUGAUAAUCUGGGAGCAACAGUUGAUCUUAACAUUCUUCGCCACCUUUUGAAUCCACCAAAUGGAAGACGGUGUGAAUUUCUUAUGGAAGUAACUGACAAGACGAGAGCAGACGUUAAGGGAGGAACCCUUAUUCAGUAUGACGGUAAACUCCGACUGUUGGAAAUAGCUCAAGUGCCAAAAGCACAUGUUGAUGAGUUUAAAUCAGUCACCAAGUUCAAGAUAUUCAAUACCAAUAACCUGUGGAUUUCUUUGGCUGCAAUUGAAAGGCUACAAAAGGAAAAUGCAAUUAACAUGGAAAUCAUUUUAAACCCAAAGACGUUGGAUGAUGGCCGAAAUGUGAUUCAGCUGGAGACAGCUGUUGGUGCUGCCAUUAAGUGCUUUGAAAAUGCUCUAGGUAUUAAUGUGCCACGCAGCCGCUUCCUGCCUGUGAAGACCACCUCUGACCUGAUGCUGGUGAUGUCCAACCUGUACAGCCUUAAUGCAGGAUCCCUGACAAUGAGUGAAAAAAGAGAAUUCCGAACUGUACCUUUGGUCAAGUUGGGCAGCUCCUUUACUAAGGUACAAGAUUACCUGAAGAGACUGGAGAGUAUACCAGAUAUACUGGAACUGGAUCACCUUACUGUUUCAGGAGAUGUCACUUUUGGGAAGCAUGUUAUAUUGAAGGGAACAGUUAUAAUCAUUGCAAAUCAUGGUGAUAGGAUUGACAUACCUCCUGGAGCUGUAUUGGAAAAUAAAAUUGUUUCUGGUAAUCUGCGAAUCCUGGACCACUAGAAGGGACGUUUAUGAAGCUAACCUAUUGAAAGUGUUUCAUUUUAUCAUGUGUAUGAAUCACAUGGGUGACUCAUCAUUAUUUUAUGUGCAUUAAAUUGCUUAGAGUACAUGCUAACUUUGGGUGUGAAAUGACUUACCUCUUCCAGGUAGAUGUUUUCAAAUGUUUACUGUGUUAAAAUAUAUUUUGCCAUCUUUUGUGAAAAUUUUAAAAUCAUGGCCUGCAGAGAGCUCUGUGCACUGGUAUUUAAAACAGCCUGAUGUUGAAAUGCGACAGAAUUUUGUUUUUUCAACAAAACUGUAAAAUUCAGUCUGGUUCUUAAAAAUAAAAUUGUUCCUGCAUUGAAAUGGUUAGAAGUUUAUGUUCAAAGCUAGUACGUACUUUAUACUCUGUCUUUGAACGAUAAUAAAGUGCAAUGUGAAAA